AUGACAAAACGUAAGAAAUAUACAAUUACCUUAAUUUUUGUGGCCACUUGGCCAAAGAACUACAUUAUAGACCCUUUUGUUACAAUUAUAACUAUAAAUGAACAUAAUUUUAUCAUUGAGGUUGGGCAAAUAGAAUCUGAAUUUGGACUGCAUCCAAGUUAUAUUUGUAAGUGUGAUGGUGUUCAAAGUGAGAUUUGUAAGGUGUCUAGUAUAGCUAUUACAAUGGUAUAUCAAAAAAUUUUUCAAACAAAAACCAAUUUUUUGGGGCCAGAAGUUAUAGGUUACGAUACACCUGAAGUUGUUCAAGAGUACCUUCACGAAUUGCCAUUUCAAGUUAACUGGCAAAAACUGUUUCAGGACUGGGUAUUACAUGAACAUACCAUUAUUGAAUUACGAUCAGUUUUACGAAUCUUAUAUCCAAAAGAAUAUGUAAUAG